AUGACUAUCGCACAAGCUCUCGGAGCAGCUUUCUCCCGCUCGCCCACGCUGCAAGCAUACGUCUACCGUGGUCCAGCCUCCUGUGACGGAUGCCCCGAGAGCGUUGGCGAACUCCUCGAAUCCUCAUGUAGGAAGAUCAACGUGACAUACGUCGGCCCCAACGAAGAAAUCGACAUCACCGCGGAGUCUCUGAGCGAAGCCGACAUUUACGUUCAUCCUGGUGGAGGAGGUCUUGACGAUGCAUGGAAGCACAUGAAGCAAUAUAAGCCGGUCAUCCGAGAUUUCGUCCAGAACGGCGGGCGGUAUCUUGGGUUCUGCUUGGGAGCAUAUCUGGCUGGUCAUGAUCCCGGGUUCGACUUGCUCAGCUCUCAAGACGACGCAGACGAGGAGGUAAGCCAGUCAGGAGCACAAGUCGACGACGAGGCAGACACAGUUAUCCAAGUCGACUGGACUUUUGCCAGCGGGCCGAAGAAAGGCAAGACAGACCACAAGAGAUGGCUGUACUUCCAGGAUGGCGCAUCGUUCAAGCUUUCGAAGACUUCAUCGGCCACAAUACUGGGAAGGUACUCCAGCAAUGGUGAUCCAGCAGCUAUCCUUACCACCCUCGGCGAGGGCUGGGUUGGGUUGGUAGGACCUCACCCCGAAGCAGAUCAGGAUUGGUACGACGAUGCAGAGAUCAGCAACCCCGAUGGCAUCUAUUUCGACAUAGGCCGUGACUUCGUCGAGGCUACUGUGACCGCUGGGCAAUGA